AUGUCAAUCAGAGUCUUGUUGAUCCUUGCACCACCAGCUUUGCUCUCCGCUGUCAGCACCCAAAUGCAGAGAGAUGCUUCUGACGUGGUCUACUCCGCCAAGAACACAUUUUUUGUACCUCUGGGCUCUAUCGACGAUGACGGCUGGUGGUGCAUUCAUCAGCCAUUUCCCCAGGUCAAGAGGCUCGAUAUUGCCUUCGAUAUGCAGGAUAUCACAGAGAACAUCGCAUACACUCUACAGUGCGUCAAGUACCGGCAAGACGGACCCGACGGCACUUCCAGGAGGACCCCUUUCGAGGAACUGACGAACGCCGAGAGAUGGGACCUUUUGCGUGAAAAGAAUAAGGAAGGGCUCACAUUCGAUAUUUGGUCUUCGACGAUUAGUGCUUGGCUAGGUAUCGACGGUCUAGAUCUUCUCCGCCUAGACCUCACAAACUGUCGGUAUCCGGUCGGUCGCUGUCGUAUGGGCCAGACUCUGCUGGGGUACCUGGAUGGUAAUGGCUACAGUUAUGGGCAUCCGAAGCGGAUUGAGAUUGUGGGCAUGCUUGAACGGGAACAGCACAUUUGCAGAGAUAUGCUUGCACAUAGUGGUAAGAUACCUCUAGAUUGUGUCUUCUUCGUUGAUGGUCAGGGAUGUACAUGUAAAGUGAGUUCCCCGAUCUAUCGUAUUCUUGUACGGACUAUCGACAGGCCUCUCAGGAAGGAGCAAGCUGCGACCCAAAAGUUCCAAGUGCUCACUAAAGUGCUGAUUGAAAAGCUUUCGAUCGACUUCCACGGUAUCAAGCUAAUUCCCAGAUGGGAGAGGCGAAAUUGA